AUGGCAGUCACCGCCAAAGACAAAGAUUCUGAUAAGUGCAAAUUAAAGGUGAGUUAUGAUCUGAAAGGGACUCGGAUGCUGGCCAAGGUGCGUGGGCUGGAGUGGGGGCAGCUGCUGAAGCUGUCCCAGGUGCAGGCAGAGCUGGAGGACUCUCUGGAGAAGAUGCUGCGGCUGGUGGCUGAGGUGCUGCACCCUGAACCCUACAGCAGAGAGGAGGUCUGCAAGGCCCUGGGAAUGACCACAGAACAGCUUUGUACAGACCUCCUUAGCCCCAACACACAGCAYGUGACCCAGUUCAAGCUGUACCAGCGGGUCAGGAAUGUAUACGGUGAUGCGGGCGUGGUGCUGCGGUUCAAGAGCGUGUGUGAUGAAGCUCCCUCCGCCCCGAACGGCGUGCAGCGUCUAGGAGACCUGAUGAAGCAGAGCCAUGCUAGCUGCAGAGACCUGUACGAGUGCAGCUGUCCAGAACUGGACYAGCUGGUAGAGAUAUGUCUGGGAUCAGGCGCGGUGGGAUCACGGAACCAGCAGGCUGACGGAGCAGGCUGGGGAGGCUGUGCUGUCUCCAUGGUCUGCUGUCUCCAUGGUCCCACUGUCAAGGUGGAGUCUUUCCUGAAGUGCGUCAGAGAGUUGUACAACACGUCAGACCCACGCAGAGCCGAGCUAGAGAGAAACACAGUCUGUUUGUCACCAGCCUGGUGGAAGGCGGCCAUCUUCCUUGAAGACUGA